AUAACCGAAGUUGUUCGUUGGUGUUUUUACUGGUUAGCUAUCGCUACUAUAAUUUUAUUGAUUAUAAAUCGUGGGUCUAUUGUAAAUGAAAAUAAUUCGGGCUUUGCUUCAACCUUUGAAACUCGUUUGGUUUUGAUUAUUCUUGGAGCAGUCGAAGCAUUGACCUUAAUAAUAUGGGUUAUAAUACGUUUUGGUUAUCCGAAUAUAGUAAUAGACGCUUAUUGGCUCGAUACAAUUUGGUGGUGGCGUAUUAAACAAGCUGAUACCAAAGGAAUCGAGGGUAAAGCAGUAGGCUGUUUUCGUUAUUUUGCGUGGGAGAGUUAUAGUGUUUGGUUCAGGCAUGGUGUGGUAACCUAUAGAGGUGAAGUAGACGAAGAUGGUUUUCCUCACGGGUUUGGUGAAUGGGUUGAUGAUUCAUUUGAUGGUGAAUGUUUAAAAGGAAUAUGGGAACAUGGUGUACCUAUCGGUCCAUUCCAAUCCAGAGGUUCAGGUACUGGAGAUGCCUUUCAUGCUGUUCGUGUAGGGCUUGUAAAAAACCAAUGUACCCCUUGGGAUGAAUGGAGACUUUUUCCUAGGCAAUAUCAAAAUGGAAUUGAAGUUAAUGUAGCGUCUGUUGAAUGUUCGGUUUCUGGAAAGUAUCUUAAACACCUUCCUCGUGCAACUGUUAUCGUAUCACCAAAGUCUCAAGAUUAUGAUAAUGAAAGCUACAUAUCACCGAUUGAAUAUU